AUUUUUAAUUGCUAAUUAACUCCACUUCAUCGAUACAAAAGAAAAAAGAAAAAAAAAAAAAGAAAAGGAAUAAAGAAAAAGGACGAUUUGUAAUUACAACUAAACGAAUAAGAAUAAAAUAAUGAACUCUACGAAUCAAACAGGUUUUGGAUUUGGCUCAACAGCCCCUUCAUUUGGUUCAGCUUCCAACACACAAUCUUCUGCUGGUACAUUGUUUGGUGGCUCAGCCACUAAUAAUUUAACAACAACAGGUGGUUUAUUUGGUUCUACUGCAAAUAAUAAUUCUGCUGGAACUCUAUUUGGUACAAAUACAAACAGCAAUUCAACAGCAGGCACAUUGUUUGGUGGCUCAGCUACAACAACUACACCCGCUUCAACAGGGUUUGGAGGAUUUGGUUCAACACCGGCUACUUCAUCAACUUUUGGAACGAAUACAUCCACAGCUACUGGUUUUGGAACAACAACUGGGGGAUUUGGAGCAACUUCACAACCAGCAGCCAGUAUAGGCACUGGUUUUAGUGGAUUUGGUAAUACAGCUGCCACAAAUACAUCAGGCUUUGGUACUUCAACAACAACGAAUGCUAAUAAUAGUUUUGGAGGAUUUGGUUCUAUGGCCAACACUAACAAACCCUCUUUUGGAGGCUUUGGAGCUACAAACAAUUUAUUUGGUAAUAAGCUUCAAACACAACAAAAUAAUAUGUUUGGUCAACAGCAAAUGGGUGCAGCACCUGUUCAAGAAAAAGUAUGGCAGGAGCUUGCAUUGAUUAGAGCACGAUUUGACCCUACUUCACCACUUUGUCAAUUUAGACACUAUUUCUAUAAUUUAGUACCAGCAAAUGAAAUACAUCUGUAUGUUCGCCCUCAAAAUCAAGAUGAACAAUUAUGGAAUGAAGCUGUUCGCAAAAAUCCAGAUCCUGCAAAUUUAGUGCCUGUUUUAGCUAUUGGAUUUGAUGAUAUCUUAAAGCGUAUGGAAAUUCAAUCCAAACAACUUGAAUUACAUCAAGAAAAGUUGAAAGAAGCAACAGAAAGAUUAUCAACAGUACAGCGUCAAUAUUUACUUGGAACAUUAGUCAAAUUAGAAGAGCAUAAACGUCGCCAUACAUAUUUAACACAAAGAUUACUAAGACUUCUUCGAUAUAGUCAAGUACUUCGUUAUAAGGGUUUCCCAUUAACUGCAGAUGAAGAACAAUCAAUGAAUAAACUAUCUCAAAUGAUCAGUCAAAUAGAUAAUCCAGAACAGCUUAAUGCAAAGUUAGUAACCUUAUGGAAUCAACUUCAAGCCAUUAAAGCACAAAAAAGUGGUGAACAAGAUAGAAAAACUGAGAUCUGGCGUACAGUUAAUGAAGAAGACACUAAUAUUAUCGCAAAGGUGUUGGAGGAUGAACAAAAAGGAAUUAAACAUGUUACUAGCAUAUUAAAAUCAGAUACGAAAGAAUUAGAAGACAUUGAGACAAGAUUAAAAGAAAAGCGUAAAGUAAAGAGUGACAGUAAUUAUAUAUCAAGACGUCAAACAUAAUAAAAUAAUAUCCUACACAU